UCUACCAGUCACAUGCUUGACACGAUAAGAUAAACUCGUGUAUUUCAGUAUUUUGCAUUUUUCAUGUUGUUAUUUCUCUAUGUCAAUUAAUUAAUAACAUAAGAUUAAAAUUUAUUUAAUGAGUUUCGCUACUGAAGAGUUUCGAUUGCGUCGUUUGCUUGAAAUUCGUGCUGUGCUAAAUUAUGAUAGAAACAUAAAUACCAAUCAUGUGUAAAUUGUGAUGUGAUGUAACUUUGUUGUUUAACGUUAAAUUAGAAGAACCAUAUAGGUUAGGUUUAAUUUUUGGUACUUGCAACUUUGCUGGGUAUCUUCCGCAGAUAGUUAAAAAAACAAAAUGGACUUUGUAAUUGGCGGUCUAGCCGGCGCUGGAGCGACCAUUUUCACCAACCCUAUGGACGUGGUGAAGACCAGGAUGCAGCUUCAGGGGGAACUCAAAUCCAGGUCCGAACAGGCCACCCGGUACCGGGGGGUCUUCCACGCUUUGUUCGUCAUCGCCAAAGCUGAUGGUGUAAUGGCUCUGCAGAAAGGUCUGGCUCCUGCGAUGUUGCUAGGAUUCACUAUGAACUCAGUUAGGUUAGGCACUUAUCACAUAGCCGAAGUCCAAGGAUGGACGAAAACCAAAGAUGGGGAUGUGAAUUUCAAGAAGGCUGUAUUUUGGUCAAGCGUGAGCGGCAUUAUGAGCGGUCUCACUGGAAACCCUGCCUCGGUUCUGAAGACCAGGAUCCAAGCCGCUGCGCACCCGAGCAUAGCAGUCGGGAGACAACAUAGGUAUACAGGAUUAUGGGACGGUUGCCGUAAAAUCUACAAGAAUGAAGGCUUUCGUGGUUUCUUUGCCGGCGUGGAUGGGACCUGCACCAGGCUAGCAAUCGGCAGUGCUGCGCAGCUAACUACUUUCUCUUUCGUUAAAGAAGCGUUGCAGAGUCGCGGCAUUUCGAAAAAUUCACCGUUCAUGCUGGCGUUCUGCGCCAGCGCAUUGAGCGGUGUGGCCGUGGCGGUGGCCAUUUGUCCCUGGGAUGUCGUCACCGUCCGCCUUUACAACCAGGGCCCGGCGUCCGGCGGACUCCUUUACACCAGCGUCCUCGACUGCCUCACCAAGAUCUACCGGACUGAAGGCCUGCACGGCCUCUACAAGGGUCUGGGGCCUUUGUAUCUCAGAAUAGCACCGCACACAACGCUGUCACUCGUCAUUUGGGAUAUGCUCAACAAUUUGAUGACCGACAGCAGAAAUAAAACAAAAUUUUCUGGAUUAACCUGCAUUUCUAUACGGUAUUCUCCAUUUACUUUGCUGACGAUGAGCCCGGGCUUAGACACCAGGCGUUUCUUCAACUUCUUUAACCGCCUUUGCACAAUGGACUUCGUUGUGGGAGGCCUAGCGGGAGUGGGGGCGGGCUUCUUCAGCAACCCGUUUGACGUUGUGAAGACCCGUAUGCAACUCCAAGGGGAGCUCCGGGCCCGAGGUCAGCAUGCCGUCCACUACAAGAACAUACCGCAUGCUAUGUACACUAUUAUCAAACACGAUGGUAUCAGCGCAUUGCAGAAAGGACUGGUUCCUGCUUUAUGGUUUCAAUUGGUUGUCAAUGGUGUAAGGCUAGGUAUAUAUCAGCAAGCUGACAACUAUGGCUUAUUACGUGACAAAAACGGGAAUACAUUAUUUAAGAACAGCUUAUUGUUUGGCUCAAUAUCCGGGAUGUGUGGAGCCUUCUUCGGAAGUCCAUUACAAUUGGUAAAAACACAGCUUAUGUCAUACUCUGCUGAGAAAAUUGCUGUGGGCACCCAACAUGCCCAUAGCGGGUUCACAUAUGCUGUGAUGAAGAUCUAUAGAAAGAACGGCCUUGGUGGCCUAUGGAGAGGCGCUCAUGGGAUGAUGAUAAGAAAUUCCAUAGGAUCUGCGUCGCAAAUAGCCUCUUAUGCCAUUUGCAAGGAGUGGAUGGAUGACCACGACAUGUUCCAGCAGUCGAGAUACUUGUCAGCGUUCAUGGCGAGCAACAUCGGCGCGAUCGUCAAAACUGUAGCCCUGACCCCCAUGGACGUCAUCAUGACCAGGCUUUACAACCAAGCUGUAGACGCCGAAGGUCGCGGUAUACUCUACACGGGGAUCGUCGAUUGCGCACGUAAAAUCACCAAAACUGAGGGUCUACUGGCAUUUUACAAGGGGAUGGGCCCCUCAUACCUAAGGCAGGCUCCGCACACGGUGCUAUUAUUGGUCUUUUGGGACAUGUUGAAGGAUGUACAGAAGAGUUUUGAAAAACGAGAUUUGGUACAUUAAAGUAUGAAGGUAGCCCAUUGUGUGGCAUUAGAUUUACUUAGAUAAUUUUUAGCAAAAAGAAAAUUAGUAGGUAGUUGAUACUAUCUAAUAUCAUCAUCAUCAUCAUUGAGGUUCAAUUCAUAUCCAUAGUGUAUCUGGAAUAAUUGAAAAAAAGAAUAUUCUAGGAAGUUUAAAAUCGAUCGAACUGAUGUGGAUUUAAAAUUAGGAAUCUUAAAAAAAUAUAUUUAUUGGUGCUGAUUUUAAUGCGAUUUUUAUGAUAGGUAACAUAUUGUAUAGGUAUAAAAUAUUAAUGACGGACAAAGUUAAUUUAUUACUGAAUAACUUUUGCUAAAAAAGGAAAAUAAAUCUGCUUUACAUGUAUUUCUCGGAAUCGAUUUAUAAUGCACUGAAAGCAAUAAAAUAUUACCAGUAAAAGAUUUUCAGUAUGCUUUACUGAAACUAUAAUCCAAAUAUUUGUUUAUGUAAUUAUAAUUAUGUAAACAUAUAUAUCACGCGAAGACUAGGCAGGUCACUAGUGUCUUUUACGAUUAGUACAAAUUACUUUUUUUUAAUAUUAGUUAUAUAAUUUAUUUAUUCAACUUUAUAACAUGUUAAUGGCGGAGCCAAUGCUUUCUACUGUGUGUAGAUGAUUAAUGAAUAGCAAAAAGCCAAUGUGAUUAUUACAUAUAAUGUUGCUCUAAAAAGUAAAUUAAAUGGUGCUUCAAAAUGACUUAAAAAUAUUAUGUAACCAGUGCAUUUCCGAUAAACAUUAAAUACUAUAGUGUCGGUUUAUUUGGCAGAAAUUGGUCAACGACAAAAACUUAAGCGAUAAUGAAUGCCAGCAAUAUAAAAUUUCUGAGUUGUGAUAAAAUUAAAAAAACAACACUUUAAAAAAACUUAUACAAUGAAAUCCAGACCAACUAAUUUGAUAUAACAUACUUAUUUUAGUGAUCAUGAAAUUCAAUCUCCAUGUUACAGAAUACAGUAUUAAAUAGUGUAAUUUAUAGUGCAUUUUGUAAUUUAUUUAUUAUUUAUAUCAGAAUAUUAAUAGAUUUAUUUAUUAUUUAAUUUAUCAAUAAGUACAAAUAUAAUAUGUGUGUUCAUAGAGCAAGUGAAUUAGGUAGAUUGGUUGGACCAAACGCGACUGGGCCCAAUACCCCCAAACAAUUUUAUGUUAGUAUGGCAUUAUUUAUUGUAUUUAUAUAUGAGUUAUGAGUAAUAUUUUGAAGAAUCUAUGAGAUAUGUACAAAAAUAAAGUAACAUCCAAUUUUGUGUCUAAAAAGUUAAGCAUAUUUUCCUAACAAGAAAUCUGAUACUAUUUCGGAAUCUCCCUAAGUAAACUCAUGUUUUCUGUGUUCUAAAAUUCUCACGUCAGUAAACAACGAGGUUUUAACAAUAAUUUAUUUAUGUUUACAUAAGAUCUUGUAUCUUUAUUCGUACGAAUAUAUUACCUUUACUAAUCUAUUAUUUUUGAAACGUAUCUAUUAAAAAUCCUUAAAAUAUUAUGAUAGUAAAAUAACAAGUUAAUGUUUGAUUUAUUUUAACGUAGCAGAGACAACAAUACAAAAUAAUAAAAUUACUCUAAGUAAUCGUCUCCAAUCGACUUUUUGUUAUAUAACUGGCAUGUUUUACACUAUGUAGCUUCCUAAAUUUGUUAUCUAGUAAUUAUUUAUGUUGACAAAUUCUGUAGUUUAAUUUGACUUAAUUAAUAUGAUCGAAGAUCAAAAAACUGUUAUCAUAUUGGAAUUGUUCACAUUAAUUAAAAUGAAAAAACGACCUGUAUCAAUCAGUUAUCUUUAUCAGCAAAAAAAAGAUAUCGUUUUUUUCCUCCUUUUUGCUGUUGUUAAUAUUCUUCUACAGAAAAUCUUGUUUAUUACCAGUGAAGACUAGGUUAACAUUUUAUUAUGUUAAGAAUAAUUGCUCAAUGUUGAUAUUUUCAAAAAAUCGUCUUGAUUUUUUAUUCACUCGACAAAAAAAUCUGAGCCUUGAAUUACAGAUACAAAAUCAGCAGCUUAUUUUAAAAUAUAUUUUUUCAUGUUUAAAUCUUUAUUAAUAUAAAAAAUAUUUUGAAUGUUCGCUACCUUUAAAAAGCCAAUCUUACUGCUGUUAUUUUAUUUUUAUGAGAAUCAAAUAAUUGUGAAACGAUAGUUUUUUACUCAGAAUACGAAUCACUUAAUAUCGAAUCUACCCUUAAUCUAAAGUAUUUACGUGAAACUAUGUAAGUAUAGAUAAUCUUUAAGACUUGUUUUAUAUUUUGACAUAUACAUUCAUUUAUUUAUUAUUAACAAUAUCUUUUCAGAACAUACCAAAGCGUUGUUAUUUAUCUAUGUAAGCAAAUUAUCAAUUUUCUGUACAAAUAUCAAACAUUUCUAAUAUCGAAGGUUAUAUUAGUCAUGGAAAUAUAUCCAAUCUGAAAAUGACUCUAACGCAAGAAGAAGAAAGAAGAAGGGAAAAAUUACUUCGAUAUUUUUCUGUUAUUUUCUAAUUGUUGAUAUUAUAAGGAAGAGAUAGGAAGAAAAAAGGUAAUUCGAAGUAAUUUUUUUCAUUGUCAUAUUGUUUUGAUUUGAUUUUCAAGGUUGAAUAUAUUUUCCUGAUUUUAAAGCUUAUUGAUGGGUCCAACCCACGGCCAUUUGUUAUUAAUCAUUAGAUGCUUUUUGAAUAAAUUAUGUUCUUGUUU